AUGUCUCUUUUGCACAAGGCCAAGGACACUGGGGAGGACGCCGAGGUCAUGUCUGUCCUUGGGCCUGACAACGGCGACAACAUCAAUCUUGAUGACCUUGGGCUGGAGAAGAAUUAUGGCUCUUUCACAACGGCUUUGACUACGAUGACAUGCAAUGACCUCAUGGUUGAGAAGUGCGACACAGCGACCUUCACCUCAGCAAACUCAUGGCAUGGCUGA